AAGGUGGAAGUAGCAGAUGUUUGGAGUCAUAGAAUUAAAUAUAUAAAAUAAUUGUUAUAUCACUAAAAAACAAUUUAAUUAAAUAAAAUUGAUAGUUUAAAUGAAUAUAAUGUUAUAUUUAAUGCUAUGGAAUUUAAUAUUUGAGUGGAAGAUUCUAUUUGAAGAAUGACGAAAAAGGAAGUGUUGUUUUGCACAUCGAAUAAAGAAAAACUCAGAGAUUUACAAUACAUAUUGGGAGAUGAAUUUGACCUUAAAAAUGAUCCAGUAGAACUUACUGAAAUUCAAGGUAACCCAGAGGAAAUAACACGAGCUAAAUCUAAGGAAGCAUACAAACUUUUAAAGAGGCCUUUAAUAACUGAAGAUACGUGUUUGUGUUUUAAUGCUUUCAAAGGGUUACCAGGACCUUAUAUAAAGCAUUUCUUGUUGAACGUUGGACCGUUGGGUGUGUAUAAUCUUCUAUCGGAGUUUGAGGAUAAAUCAGGCUAUUCUCUUUGCACAUUUGGGUAUGUGGACGAAAAUGGAGUCAAGUUAUUCCAAGGAAGGACGGAUGGUACAAUAGUUCGCCCAAGGGGCUAUGUAGAUGUGAGUUGGAAUAGCAUAUUUCAACCCCAAGGACAUGAUAAAACAUUUGCUGAGCUAACUUUUGAAGAAAAAAAUAAAGUUUCACAUAGAUACAAGGCUGGAGUAAAACUUAAAGAGUUCCUGCUAAAUAACUCAAAAUAAAAAACAAAAUUAAACUUUUAAUAAAUUUUUUAAUAAAUAUUAUCGUUUAUUUUA